CCACCUUCCCUCUGCCCCUCUGGUAAAUUUGGUCUAGCACCGCCACUGCCCCCAACAUCAGCAGACAGAUCGGGGAAGAUGGCGGCCGGUUCAGGCGCUGCAAGCGGGCAGGGAGCCCGCAGCUCCACUGGUUCUCUGGAAGCCUCACUGGACCGCCGCUUUCAAGGAGUUUCCAAUACUAUGGAGUCGAUACAGAGCCUCUCGACGUGGUGCAUUGAAAACAAGAAACACCACAGCCUCAUUGUUCGCUACUGGAUGAAGUGGCUCAAGAAAUCCGACCACAAUCAUCGCUUGAAUCUUUUCUACCUUGCCAAUGAUGUGAUCCAAAACUGCAAAAGAAAGAACGCCAUUGUGUUUCGUUCGGCGUUCUCCGAUGUACUUCCCAAUGCUGCCCUCCUCAUCAAAGAUGGAAAAGUCCGCAAAUCGGUCGAAAGGAUCUUUUCCAUUUGGGAGGAGAGGAAUGUGUAUCCCGAGGAAGUGAUUGCACAGUUCAAAGCCAGCCUGCACAAGAAGGAAAAAGAGCGAGAAAAGCAGAAGGAAAAAGAGAAAGAAAAGCAGAAAGAAAAGGAGACUCCAUCAAAUAAUGCUCCCACCAGCACCACCACCAAAGCCGUCAGCACUAAAACUCCACCCAAUAAAGCUGCGCUGAAGUCCAAGAUUGUUGCAGAGUUUACACCCCACUCCCUUAUCGAGCAGCUGUCGAGACACAAGCAAGCUGCUGCUGAAGAGCAGGUCAGAGAGAAGCAGCUGGAGACGCUCAGGGUGGAUGUCCUCAGCACCGAGGCCUUCAAAAGGCUGAAAGACAAAGCAGGAGGAAACAAUUUUGCUAAGGACUUUGAAGAUGGCAGUCUGAAGCUGCAGGAGUUUGUCAGCUUCCUGGAGAAAGAGCUGAAAACUGGACCUCCCCUGCUGGAAGCAUUGGGAAAUGCAGACAUCUUCUAUGAGAUGCAAUACAAGGAGGUCAAGAUUGUGGCAAAUGCGUACAAUGCCUUUGCCAACCGAGUAAACGGCCUCAAAAAGAAACUGGAUUCUCUCAAGGCGUCUCUCUCCGGCCCUGAGGACUCGCCCAUCCCGUCUCCCUCUGAAGAUGCUCCUUCACCCACUGGCUCCGACUCACCUUUUCUGGAAAUGGAGACGGCCAGGGCCAAGGUGGAUCCGGAGCUGGAUGGCAAGGCCAUGGACGAAGGAGAGCUCCAAAACGACAACAGAGACAUGGAAGACAUGGACAUGUCUGAUGAGGAGGCAUGCGCUGGUGCUGCGCAGGAUGGUAAGUUAGACCAGCCAUCCGCGGCCGUUUCCAAGACGAAGUCGGACGCGGCGUCAAAACCUCAAAGCACGCCAACAAAACCACCCAAGCCCAGCCCAUCUGUUGUUACCACAGCAACCCCAGUGACUCCGACCUCUGCUAAAGCUAUAACAACGCAGACCACGCCCCUGGGAGUGAACCUGGCCAAGGUGGACCUGGGGAAGAUCAGCUCCAUUCUCAGCUCGCUCACGUCUGCCAUGAAGAACACAGCACCUACUCAGUCUCCUCGGCCGUCUCCUGGGACCCCCACCACCCCCACCGCCCAGUCAGCGGCCUCCAAAGGAACGCCUCCAAGUCCUGCUUUGGCCAGCAUCCUGUCACGUGUUGACAUCACCCCUGAAGGGAUACUAAACGCUCUGUCUAAAACCAAUACACCAGGUUUGUCAUCUCUCCUUCAAAGUGUGACUAAUACCUCCACCGCUCCCUCCAACCGAACCUCCACGGACUCAUCCAGUGUCAAAACACCGGUAACCCCAACCACCCCGAAGACAAAGCCCCCUCUGGGGAACAGUCUCAAACAAGACGAACCUGGAAGAGCCAGAGACUGGGAGAAGGAGCGCCAGCUCUCUCCUCCACCUCCUCCUCCACCUCCUCCUCGUACCUCAGCUCCUUCUUCCUCUCCCCCCAGCCUAGAAUCGAAGAUCAACAGUUUCCUGCAGGGUAAUCCAGGCUUCAGCCUGGCGCUGGGCGACGCAAGUCCCGAUGGCGUCGACGGCACCCCGGUGAGGGACGAGGCAGCGGGCACGCCGACACAGGACGAAAUCAUGGACACUCCUGGAGGCAUGCCAGAAUCUCUGGGCUCCUCUGGAAGCCAUAACCUCUCACCCACAGCGUACCGCAAUGAUCCCUGGGAUGCUGCAGUCACCCCAACCGGAAGCAGCAACAACGGAGACUUUCUUGGCUCCUCCUCCUCAAGAUUCAGUGCAGGAAAAAGGAGCGGCACAAAGUUAAACGACAAAGACCUGAUGAGAAAACAGGUGUCGUCUUCUCCUGGCGGUGACUUGAAGGGUCGGAACAGCAGAGCCUUGGCAGAGCGGAGACCCUCUGCUGGCUCUCGGAAGGCGAGCACCGGGUCCGAUGAUGCGGGUCUGAGUGGAAAAAAGGACAAUGGGAAAGAGAUGCUAGCAGACGCAAAGGAAGGUCAGUACCAUCGCAUCGAGACACUGGUGUCGCCCCACACCGAAGGAGCGCCGAUCCAAACUCUGGGGUAUUCAAACCGACCAUCAGCCGGAGAGCGCAUCAAGACAGUUGAGAGCAUCCGUGUGAUUGGUCGAGGCUCUCGGCGAGGGGGAGGAGCUGGGAGUCGGCCAGGGGCUUCGAUGUGGUACGAAGAGGAAGAAUACUUGGAGGGUCAGCCUCCAUCACCCCAAGUUCUACCCCCUCCUCUCAGCAUGGGCCAGGGAGGCGCUGAAGACAUGAACCCAUCCAUGCUUCUUCUUCCUCUUCCUCCUCCUCCACCACACCACAUCCCACACCUUCACCCUCCUCCGUCUCUUCCUCUCCCUCCUCCUCAGCCUCCGUUCCCAAUGCCGUACCACCCUGAAAACAUGCAGACUCCUCCUCCAUCGAUGCUCCAACCUCAUCUCCAUCCUUCCGCCGCCUUUUUCGCCACUGUUCCCCCAAUCCCUCGGCUGCCUCCACCUCCUUCCAUGCACCGCCUCUCGCCUCCGCCGCCUCACCCUUCUUUGCCCCACUCCGUUAUGGUGGGGGGGAUGCUGGUCCCUUUGGACCACAGCUUGCCUCUUCCUCCAUCACUAAGACCCAAAGGUGCAGAGCAUGGCAGAAUGGGGCCCAGAGGAAGGAAGGUGACCCCUCCACCACUCAUGUCAUCGUUGCUAGGCGACCCCCCUAAACUACCCCGUCCCGGCACAGUUAAAGAGCCUUUAAUCCCUCGCCAUACCCCCCCUCUCCACCGUCCAGGUGCGCCUGGCGUUCCUCCACCUUUACUCGGCAGAGUGAAGGAGCCUUUGGUUUUACCUCACCCCUCCCCCACAUCCUCCACGCCCUCUCCCUCCACGCCUAACUCCCCCGCAGGAGACUCCUCUCUCUCCAAACCCCCACCCAGCCCUCCAGCUGCGCCCCACAACCCAGGCUCCAACCCCGUUCCCCUCCUCAACUUGCCCACGUCCAGACCCCCGAUCCUCGCCACUCCCAUGCAGCAGAGACCCCCGAUGCGAGGCCGCAGCCUGUCUCAAGACCACCCCAGGGGCGGGUUUCAUGGAGGGAAGCGAGCUGGACCCCCAUUCGGCGGCGGUCCCUUCCAUGCGCAGAAGAGGCCUUACCUUCCCCCGCGCUACUGAAGCAGUCGACUAUGACAAGCUGAAUGAGAAGAGCAAGCCACACGUCUAACAGUGCAGUGUGUGUUAGCCCUGCUGGUAUGAGCCCAGAUAUCUUUACUCUGUUACUUAGCUUGAAGGAAACCUACCUUAGGUCGUGUGUAAAUAGCUGAUCAAGUCUUGAUGCGUCGGCUUUAGUGGCCGCUCACUUCACCCUGUACUCAGAGGUUGUCAGUGACGUAGUGCAGAGUGUUGUAUAACCUGCUUUCUUCCAUUUCUCCACACAUUAGAUGCUUUACCUGGAAUGGCAUAACCACAAGAAUAAAACGGAUAGUUCAAGCAGAAAUUAAACAAUACUUUUCUUUCUCUGUGAUUCUGGGGUUACUUCACCUGAGAUGUCAGAAGAAAGACGUAAGAGGAGCCUAAAAUUAAUAACUUGGCAUUUUAAGAUGUCUGUGCAUUACCUCACUUAUGCUCAGCUUUACACACAAAGAUUACCUCUCAUACCAGCCAACUUGGUUUGAAGCUUAGCAUAAAGAUGAGGAUAAAAUCUCUCUGAAGAUUAAGAAAAUUAUUCCCCAAUGUAUAGAAGAAAAUAAGCUAUCUAGAGCAUUUACUCGUCUUAUGCAGACUUGUUGCUUGGCACUGUUUUAACUCUUUAUGCUGAGCUAAAUGAAUACCCCGAUAUAUCUGGCUUCAUUUAAAAAGUUCUCAGUCUUUCAUUGGGAUUUAUCACAUUUUCUAAAAUGUUUAGACAUGUUCCCCGGAUAUGAAAGCACAUCGAUUCCAAACUAAUCUCUUAGAAAUAUAAGAAUGUUACAGCUUCCUCCACACUUAGCAGCACCUCUGAUGAAGAUGUGUAGAAAUCUUAACCGUGAUGCUACUGCAGCUGCAAAAUCUCACUGAAAUUUGAAGAAAAUUUACCAAUAUGUCAGCAAAUAUACUGAUGUUUUGCUUUUUAAUACAUGACUUCAAGUUUCCUUGAGCUAUAAUUAUGAUUUGACAAUCUUCAAAAUGGGGAACACAAGAAAACAUCCCAUGUAAGGCAUGUAAGCUUUUGCCUGCAGUCAGAAAAAUAAUUGUAACUUUUAAAACUGGAAUGGGGAAAAGGACCCAAGCCAGUCUUGCCAGCAUACCCAGUAAGGAGCAUGGUAAGGGAGAUGGCUUGCUGUUUGGAAACUGCAGCAAUAGUGUCACGGCGUCUCCAUGGCAACUCAUUUCAAGGCUUUCUACACAUCUUGAGCAGCAGUACCGAUAGUUGUGGUGAGAGCUGUACGCUGAAAAUUUGAAACAGUUUUUUUCAUUUGAAGUGGUGUUUGUUGUCGCAGGUGAAUUUAACGCUUGUUCUGAUUUCCAGAGUAUCUACUGUAAAUAUUCUUCUUCUCUUGCUAAACCUUUUUGCAUCUAUCUAUUCCUCCCUACUGUACAUUUCUAAGCUUGUAAAUAUAAAGAGUGACUGAGUUGAUAUACCUUUUUUUUUUUUCUUCAAACUUUUAUUUCUAAAAAUGUCUCAAGUGAUUGUUUUAUUUCCCGUCUUCACUGUGAUCAAGGCCUUUGGAUAAGCUUUAACCUUGAAUUUUUUUUUCCUGCAAUGUUUUGCAUAACUUUCUUGCCCUCUCCUUUUGAAAUCACUGCUCUGAAGAAGUGUUGGGAUAAUUUAGCAUUUUCUUUCACAGACAUAACAUGUGUUUUGUUCAAGUUUCAUUUAUGAGUAGCAGAAAGGGAUGGGGACGUUAGUUUUUACUUGAAUAAAAUCAAGAGUUUAAAUUGAAAAGGGGGGUAUUUUUAAUUGGUUGCAACCUAUUCUUUGAAUUAAAUCAUUUUAUCUGUUGGGCUGCAUUUCCUCCCGCUUUUCAGGAAGCAUUGCUUUGUAUAAACUGCAUACAGAUGCAUGCAACGUUUUGGGCAGCCCAAGAAAAGAUAUUUAAAAAUAUUUUUAAAUGAACGCAUCUUUUUGUAGCCUAAUCCUAUACUGUCAGUUUAACAAAAUAUAUAUAUAUAAAUUUAAUUUGAGUACAUUUAUUCAGUAUAACAUUUAACACUAUUUUCACACCAAAAUAUGCAAACAAUAAAGGGGCACACAUACUUGUAACCAUGCGGUCAAUACUUUCUAAUGAGACAGAGAUUUAUGUUAGCAAUUUAAAAACAAUGGAGUUUACAGAGAGAGGGAUCUUACCCGAUCCUCUAUCCUGCAUGUUUCAAUGCUGUCCCAGGUUCAACACACCAGAAUGAAAUAUUCAUUCUGGUGUGUUACAAAGCUCACUGUAAGUUUCCUUACAGUGAGCUUUGGGGUUACUUGUCUGUUAUCGCUGGUACCACCCGGCUUGCCGUACAAGACAAACAUGGAUCCAGGUCCAGCUACUAAAACAAAUGAACCCCUUGCAUCUUAAUUAUGUCCCAUAAUACAGAAACGUAUGGUAUUGAAUUCAUAUACACUCUGAUUUAGUAAAAAAAAAAAUGUUAAGAACAAAUAAAGUGCUUCGGUUACGUUUAAUAAAAAAUUAUUACGUAUACCAGCAUUUUGGCAAAAGUAUCAAUUAAAAGAACAACUGUUUAAACGUCUCAAAGAAUAACUUAAAAAAAAAAUAAAGGCUGGGUUAUUCUUAAUGUUUCAGUAUAAGAUUAUGCUACAGCAGCAAAAGCUGAACGUAUUUUAAAGCUUUUUGCUCUUUCAUUUUUAUUUUUUAUUUUUUUGCAAUGCUCCAGAAUAUACAUUUGCAAGGAUUUUUCUGGUUAUCAGUAUAAAAGUGGAGUUGGGGAUGGGAAGGAAGAAAUAUUUGAAAUAAUCGGCAUCUAAACAUUUUCAUUUCAUCUUCCUGCUUCAAGCUCCUGUUUUUUUUUGUUUCCCCCAGAGCAUUUCUGCACCUCUCAGCUCAGCUAGUGCGAAAGGGGGCCAGCGAUUGUUUUCAAGAUGUGAUCAUUCUUUCGCUCACCUGAAAGGUGCAGAUUGUUUCCCUCCAAGCCCUCAUAACUCCUUUGUCAAAUCUGUUGUUUCCUCUGCUAGAAGAUUAAGUUUAAAUAAUGCUUCACAUUCUGCAUGACGUUGGUGAUAAUCGAGUUUUAAAAUGUAAGUGUUAUCACAGUUUUCACAAAUCUGCCUGUGUUGUCGCCUCUGCAGUCGACGCUAGCGAUGACGUUAGUUUGCAGUGAUUACACUACGUGGAGUUAUUGGGCAUCUGCAAGCAAACACCAAACAUGUUGAACUUUUUUCUUUUUUUGUGUUUGUAAAUGUAUUUUUCUUUCACAAGAAAUAUUGAUUUAAAAAGUUGAGUUUGAAAAUGACUGAAGAUGUACCGAAGCUGAUGGUCUGUAUAUAUUUGACACGUUUCACUGCUGUUCUCAUCAAUGAUGCUAUAUCACUGGUC